GUCCUAUAUCAAUUCUGCUACCGAAGCCGUUCUGUCGGGUGCCCUUUGAUGGUUUACAGUCAUCUAAUUCAUUCUUGAAUCUGCGAUGAUGUCUGCGCAUUUCCUCAUCUGUUUAAUCCUCUUUAGAUCUCUUUCGUUCAUGGCGUUCUGUUGUUGUUACAGGCCUGCAGUUGUACAUUAUUCCUGUGUUUACAGCAUAGCAUGUUUCUUUCAUGAUCAUGGUGGAUGGUGUUGGAUUUGCAGUUCUGAAGUUUGGACAGUACAUACAGUCUUAGGGCCUACUAAUAUUUAACUACAAUCAUUCUGUACACGCUUCGGCAUCAUGAGCCUUGGAAUCGCAAUCAUUUUGAAUGAAACAAAUGAGGGUAUAAGAUACGA